AUGGAACACAUAACUGUAGAAUAUUAUCAUGCUAGUACUCCUUAUUUAUCACCAGAAGCUAUUAAGGAAAUCAUUCAAUCUCGAGGGACUGUUAAAAAUGCAUGCAGGAAAAUGGCUUAUAAAUAUAGUACUUCAACUUGUAGAAUAUAUGAAAUUUGGAAAAGACAUGCUGAAGGAAUACCCUUGUGCAAACAGCAACUAAUACAUAGUGUUGUUUUUUCUGAAAUAAUGUCUAAAAAUAAUACUUUAGAUAAGAAGUCAAAGAAAAGAAAAUCAGGAUUCGCUAAUAAGGUUGAUAUAACUGAUAUUCUGAUAAAAAAAGUAGAUGAAAUGGAUGACUUACGAGUUAAGCUUGCACAAAAUCGUAAAAAAAGGGAAGAAGCUAAACGUGAGAUGAAAAGGUAG